AUGGAUGAAGUGGUGUCUACGAUCUGGACCUACGUGAAGGUGCUGGUGGUGUACCUGGUCGUGGACGUGAUCUACCUGGUCCUCCCGCCCGUGUCGGCCUACAACAAGAGCGUCAUUGAGGGCGUGCAGGGUUCGCCCGUCGAACUUCGCCUCCUCCCCGCGCUCCUCGUCUACUUCGUGGGCGCCGCAGCGCUCACUUGGAUCCUCGUGCACGCGCCCGAGGGUCGUCGAGUGGCCUCUGCCGCCUUCAUGGGCUUCUGCACCUACGGCAUAUACGACCUCACCAACUACGCGACGCUGACGAACUAUCCGCUGCGGAUGGUGGUGCAGGACAUGCUGUGGGGCGCCUCGUCGUUCGGCAUCUCGGCCUUCAUCUACACCCGUCUCCUCGCCCCCAAGCCUGCCGCUGCAGUCUACCCCACUGGUAUGGAAGUAAGCCCUGGCAAGCUGGGCAUGUGA